AUGCUCUAUUUGAUUGGAUUAGGUCUUUCUUAUACCUCCGAUAUCACAGUUCGCGGAUUGGAAGCCAUCAAAAAUUGUGACCGUGUGUACCUGGAACACUACACCAGCAUCUUGAUGGCUGCAUCUUUGGAAGAGCUAGAGACCUUCUAUGGUAAGCCAGUCUCUCUUGCGGAUCGUGAAAUGGUGGAAAGCGGAUGUGAAGAAAUCUUGCGUGACGCAGACAAACAAAACGUUGCAUUUUUGGUGGUCGGAGAUCCAUUUGGAGCUACCACUCACACAGAUCUCGUUUUGAGAGCGAAAAAACAAAAAUUGCCAGUCGAGGUGAUCCACAACGCUUCCGUGAUGAACGCCGUUGGCUCUUGUGGACUGCAGCUUUACAACUUCGGGCAAACGGUGUCAAUGGUUUUUUUCACAGACAGCUGGAGACCAGACUCGUGGUAUGAUAAAAUCUGGGAAAACCGUAAGAUUGGUCUUCACACACUGGUUUUGCUAGAUAUUAAGGUUAAAGAGCAAAGUAUCGAAAACAUGGCCCGUGGUAGACUAAUUUACGAACCUCCUCGUUACAUGUCGAUUUCGCAAUGCUGUGAGCAGCUGCUGGAAAUUGAGGAAAGCAGAGGUACCAAGGCUUACACCCCAGACACUCCAGCUGUAGCGAUCAGCAGACUUGGCUCGGCUAACCAAACGUUCAAAUCUGGUACAAUUGAGGAGCUUUCUCAAUACGAUUCCGGCGAACCUCUCCACUCGCUUGUUAUCUUGGGCAGACAGCGCCAUGAGCUAGAGAUCGAAUACUUGCUAGAAUUCGCCGACAACAAAAGCAAGUUCCAACAGUCGGUUACCCAGGACCAAGAAUACUUCAAGCCGGCGCCAUGGGUCCCACCUGUCGAGGAUGAAGACUAG